GUUUGGCCUUGGCCUAGUCUGACUUCGGCUCUCACUUGAAUUCGGGCUAUGUCCAUCACAACCUGCCAAGUUAUCUCGCGUCGGGCCGUGUCGGCAGUGCCCUUUUCUCAUCCUCCACAUGGUCACCUCGGUGUAGAGGUCUUCCUUGAUCGCUUAUCUGUCUGCGGUUUCCCGACCCCGCGGCAGCAAACAGAAAGGAGCGCAUAAUAUACCGUUAUACCCGUACUUGUUCAUGCUGGGCCAUCAUGAUCAAUCAUCCAUACGGCGCCGCGUCGAGUUACAUGUAUGCUAAUGUGGACCAUAGUUACAGCCAAAUUUCUUAUGUGUCGCCUCCCCCAGAUCACCUGUACAGCUUCGUGCCGAGGUUUUCAGUCGAUUCCGUGCCCUGGUACGGGGCCACUGAGCACACAGCUACAACUCCAGAUAGAAACUAUGACCGACAAGAUUCUUUGCCAUUUCGAUGGACACUUCGGGACCGUACUUGUCGCUUGCUGAAAGGAGUGCAGUCGAAAGUGAGGAGUAGAUGGCGGCCACUUCAUUUACGAUCCCUGUUUUUACGCCCUUGUCACAAUGAUGUCCAUGAUGACCCAGGUGAGUUUUAUACUGGCUAUAUCUGGCUUCGUCUCUCAUUAGACAUAGAUGUAUAUUUCUGAUUAUUUAACGAUGCUCUUGAACUUCGACUGUUAUAUUUAUCCUUUUGCCAUACCUGGCCGCUCAGCGAUCCUGUUUACCGGAUGUCAAUCUCUUCGAAGUUUCAAUACUGUUUUAGGGAGAUCUUUGAAACGACGGUGAUUCAGCUAGAGCGGUCCAGUCAAUAAGCUACAUUCCCAUCUUUUAUGUCUUCGUCUGAAUGAUCUGUCGGGCCAUUGUAUGUGCCAUGAUGCCAUGUUCAUCCUUAGUACGUUGUAUUGUUGUCUUCAAUAUUGUCCCGUUGCCCAUCCUCCGUAACUAUUGUGAUGCAGACGGCAUUCAGGAGGGCCACACUGAUAGCGUCGUUCAUUAACUGGGCACAAGCAGCUCUAUCUCCCGCUCCCUUGUAUUUUCCAUGCCCUGUCUAUGAUAUCUAAUGCUUUUCUGCACUCCAUUGUCACAGCUAGCGCCUAGAAUUCAGUUCGAUAUCCGCCGCGCGUC